AUGAAGGUAACAAGCAUCCUCCUCCUCUGUGCCUUGGCCCUGUUGGGGCUAUCUGGCAACACUAGAGCUGACUUGCUGGAAAGACAGGCUAAAUGUGACAGUGAAAUACCUGGAUGUACCAAGAUCUAUGCUCCUGUCUGUGGGACUGAUGGAAAAACUUAUUCUAAUGAAUGCUUGUUAUGUGUUGAAAAUAAGAAGCGCCAGAACCCUGUCCUCAUUAAAAAAUCUGGGCAUUGCUGA